ACUGGGCAGAAGGGCAGUAAUUGUCCCAACAACAAAUCAGCAGGCUCUAGAAAAUCCAGCAUCCUGUUUGCAUUUGCUGUUCAGGAGUCUGUUUGGCCUCUUAGUUCAGAGUUUUCCAGAAUUUGCAGUUGGCAGAGUCAAAGAGGGUUCAGAAAUGCAGGCUGCUACUGUGACAGAACAUUUUAUUGCAUCGGGUGCCCAGCUGGUUGCUGAUGUUUUGACUGGUCUCCUCUACAGCAGCUGGGAAAUGGGGGAUAGCUUUUCUCCGGAGGGAGCCCAGGAUGAGGGAAGCAGUUCAUCUUCAGAGGAUAAUCAGUGGACAUCACCGCACUGGUCGAGAUCCAGCAUGAAGUCAGAGAUAAGGCGCCUACAGACAUUUCAGCUCUGGCCAGCAAGUGUUCCUGUUUCUCCAGCUGAUCUGGCAGCUGCUGGUUUUUAUUUUGUUGGUCCAGCUGACACUGUCCAGUGUUUCUGCUGUGGUGGGUUGUUGUUCAAUUGGUUAGCUGAAGAGGAUCCCAUGGCAGAGCACAAGAAAUUCUUCCCGACAUGCCUGUUUGUCCAAGGCAAAACUGUAGGAAACUGCCGACAGAUGCCUUGGAGUGAAGAGCCCCAGGACUGUGUAGAUGGCCAGUUUCUUGGCAUGCUACAAAGUUUAAAUGUGGAGGAGACCACUGUAGGUGGUCAACCAGAAUACCCAUAUAUGGAGACAGAAGGAGAUCGGUUGGUAACAUUUGAGAAUUGGCCAUCUUAUGCUCCGGUGUCUCCUGAGUUGUUGGCCAGAGCUGGCUUCUUCUAUACAGGCCAGCAAGAUUAUGUGCGGUGUUUCUACUGUGAUGGUGCAUUGAGGAACUGGGAACAAGGAGAUGAUCCCUGGACAGAGCAUGCCAGGUGGUUUCCAAGAUGUGCAUUUCUGCUGCAGUCCAGAGGGGGAGAUUUCAUAAAUCACAUCCAAGAAUCUAAUCUAAUGUUGGAAGACAACUUGCAUUGGUCUGAAGACUAUUCUGAAAGCCCUUGUGAGUCUGGUGAAAGAGAACCAGAUCCUUGGAGAGUGAGAAGAGAAACGGAAGUAGAACACUCACGUGAGCCAGCAUCUGCCAUGAGCAUGGAAGAGAAGCUGCGCCGGCUUCAGGAGGAACGGAUGUGCAAGGUGUGCAUGGACAAAGAUGUGUCCAUUGUGCUGGUACCAUGUGGCCACUUAGUGGUGUGUGCUGAAUGUGCUCCUAAUCUGAGCCGCUGCCCCAUCUGCAGAGGGGUCAUUCGGGACAGCGUGAAGACAUUCUUGUCCUGACUUGAAAGAAUCUUCAGCCGCUAAUCCUUCCUCUUGAUGAACUCUUUUGGCCCAGGAAGACUCCGCAUGAGAGGGAGCAGGAAUCAGACAAGGACUUGAGUAAAUACUGGGAUCCUUUAUU